UUAUUAUUAUUAUUAGUUUUUUCACAGCCAGUCACUUCCACAGCAUCUACUAGUUCAACUUCUACAGCUUCUUUACACAUGGUCACUUCCACAACAUCUACUAGUCCCACUACUACAGUAUUUUCACAGCCUGUAUCUUCCACAGCAUCUACUAGUUCAACUUCUACAGCUUCUUUACACAUGGUCACUUCCACAACAUCUACCAGUCCCACUACUACAGUUCUUUUACAACCGGUCACUUCCACACCAUCUAGUUCUACAUCUACAGUCUCUUUACAGCCAGUCAAUUCUACAACAUCUACUGGUUGUACUUCUACAGCUUCUUUACACAUGGUCACUUCCACAACAUCUACUAGUCCCACUACUACAGCUCCUUUACACAUGGUCACUUCCACAACAUCUACCAAUCCUACUACCACAGUUAAUUUACAACCGUUCACGUCCACAACAUACACUAGUUCUACUUCAACAGUGUCUUUACAGCCAGUCACUUCCACAACAUUUACUAGUUCUACUUCUACAGCUUCUUUACACAUGGUCACUUCCACAACAUCUACUAGUCCCACUACUACAGUUCUUUUACAACCAGUCACUUCCGCAACAUCUACAAGUUCUACUUCUGCAGUUUCUUUAAAGCCAGUCACCUCCGCAAAAUCUUCUAGUUCUACUUCUACAGCUUCUUUACACAUGGUCACUUCCACAACAUCUACCAGUCCCACUACUACAGUUACUUUACCGCCAAUCACGUCCACAGCAUUUACAGGUCAUACUUCUACAGGUCUGAACAUCACGCCGCUAGAAGAAUGCAGGACCACAGGACGGUGUGUAGAUCUUCUUGACAAUAUAGAGAACAUGACAGCAGAAGUGCUUCCAUUGACAAAUGUGACCAGCAUUUUGAAUGUGGUCCUCAAUGCUUCAGACAUGUUUUUGGAGUCAUCGUCAGCUGACCCAAAUAAACUGGUGUCAUAUGGAAACCGUAUGUUAAAAGCCAGUGAGAAACUCGUGGCCAUGCUCGUAAAACCAACAAACACAAGUGACUAUGUCACUUUUACUCUUGACACUUUGAAGGUAGAAAUCUUCAUGGUUGGACCACAGGUCACCCUAGAGAAAAUCCCUAGACUUAACACGACAGAUUCUUCUGUGGACAUCGAUCUCAUUGGGAUCGCCAAGAACAACAAUGAAACAAGAUCAGCUGCUGUGGCUUUCAUGAGCUACAACAUGAUGGAGAAACUACUGAAGCCAGACUUCUUCAACACACCAAAAGACACCAUUAAAACCAUGAUGUCCACUGUGAUCUCAGCUACUCUUCCCAAAACCACCAACACUAAACUCACCAAACCAGUCAACUUCACCCUAAAACACAUCAGAGAGUUUGAUCCCAGUGGUUCUCUGUCCUGUGUGUACUGGAAUAUCAGAGAGUGGAUUGUAGAUGGUUGUUCUGUUUUAGAGACCAACAGCAACUACACUGUGUGUUCCUGUGAUCAUCUGUCGACAUUCGCUCUCAUUAUGCAAACCAGCCAUCCACCAGAGAACGACCCACUGCUGGAUCUGUUGAAUUUGGUGUGUGUGAUCGUGGGGCUGGUGUUCUUCAGUUUGGCCCUGUUGACCUUUGUCCUUUGUCAGUGGAGUCCUGGAGUGAAUAAUGUGGCUCGAAUCAACAUCUGCAUCAGUCUUCUGCUGGCUCAUCUUCUGUUCCUGCUCACGCAGCGGUUCCUGAACCUCAUACAGCCUCUGCAGGUGUUGUGUGCCGUGAUCUCUGGCCUUCUGCAGUUCUUCUUUCUCUCCGGCUUUGUGUGGAUGCUCAUUGAAGCAGUGCUGCUCUUCAUCUGUGUGAAGAACCUAUCACAGAUCGGCUCCAUUAAUAGGGAGGUGCUUAGCAGUGGAUUCCUGUGUGUGAUUGGAUAUCUGGUUGCUCUGGUUGUGGUGGCCGUGUCUGCUGUGGUGGAUCCUAAAGGCUACGGAAGUGAAAAGUGCUGGAUUAAAAUAGAUAAAGGCUUCAUCUCAAGAUUUCUGGGACCUGUUUGCAUGAUACUAACGUCAAACAUGAUUCUCUUCAUCAAAAUCAUCAUCAGUUUAAACUCAACUCUCAAAAAUCUCAACGCUGAAGUUUCACAUAUAAAACAAACCAAGAUUAUGGUGUUUAAAACACUGGGCCAGUUUGUGGUUCUUGGUUGCUCCUAG